AUGGUUUCCUACAAGCGCGUUGAUCAUCAAAACAUUAAGCAAUCUAUCGGCCAAUGCGUCGAUUUGGCCACCUAUGCUCUUGGUAGCUCCAUCGUUGAUGUGACCAACGAAUUCUUUGCUCCCGCUCGCAGCAUGCUCAGCCCCAACCCACCCAUUUCUCUUCCUGACAAGUUUGUCGAUACUGGUUCUUGGAUGGAUGGCUGGGAAAGCCAACGCCACAACCACUCUUACGAUUGGUGCAUUAUUAAGCUUGGUUUCGCUGGCAAGAUCCGUGCCUUUGAUAUCGAUACCAGCUUCUUCACUGGUAACCAUGCUCCCGCUGCCUCUGUUGAAGCUGCCUUCUGCCCUGAAGGUGAUGUUCAAGCUUCCUCUGUAAAGUGGACUGAAAUCUUGCCCAAGGUUGAGCUUAACUCCAGCUCUCACAACGCCUUCGUUUUGGAUCAAGAGACUCCCGUUUUCACUCACUUGAGACUCAACAACAUCCCUGAUGGUGGUAUUGCUCGUUUCCGUGCCUACGGUACUGUUGUUCCUAUUUGGCCCAAGGAUCCAAAUGCCAUCGUUGAUCUUGCAUUCAUUGGCAACGGUGCUCGCGCUGUUCACGUUACCAACGAACAUUAUACCCCUGGCAACAACAUUCUUUUGCCUGGUCGUGGCCAAAACAUGGGUGAUGGCUGGCAAACCAAGCGUUCCCGUAUCCCAGGCCACAGCGAUCAUGUUGUGGUUCGCCUUGGUGAUAAGGGUCAUAUCCUUAAGGCUGAGAUUGACACUUCUCACUUUAAGGGCAACUUCCCUGAUAGCAUUUUGCUUGAAGCUACCAACUCUGAUAACGAGGUGCCUGAGGCUAGUGCCCAAUGGGUCACUCUUCUUCCCAACAACACCAAGGUUGGUCCCCACGGUGUCUUCUACUUUGAUGUUCCCCACACCGACAAGGUCUUCUCUCAUGCUCGUAUCUCCAUCAUCCCUGAUGGUGGUUUCAAGCGUCUUCGUCUCUAUGGUGUCCGCCAAGGUGGUCAAAUCCCUGCUCUUCCUCUUGCUGCCCCCACCAUUCACAAGCGUAACUUGAUUGCUGAGCCCUUGACUACUGAAAAGUACAAGCCUUUCGGUGAUGUGAUUGAAGCUGAUCCUGUUUCCAAGAAGAUGUCUGGUGCUAACCAGGGUACCGCUGAAAAGUACCACUUUGUUGCUGACAUUGUCAACAACUAUCCUGGCCACUCUCGUACCAACAUGUGUGUCUUCCGUAGCAAGCCUACUACUGAAUUGCCCUUCACUGUGCGCCUUCUUGAGCGUCACCCUUACUCCAGCCAAGCUUUCAUGCCCAUGACUCAUGGUCAAACCCGUGGUUACUUGGUCAUUGUGUGUCUUUCCAAGGAGGAUGGUUCUCCUGAUAUCGAUACCAUGAAGGCUUUCAUUGCUUCUUCCACUCAAGGCAUCAACUACCGCCAAAACACCUGGCAUCAUCCUAUGGUGGCCCUUGAUGGUGUCACUGACUUUGCUUGUCUUGUCCACGAGAAUGGUGUUCCUAACGAUGAUUGCCAAAUCACCAACGUUGAGGAAGAAGUCAUUGUCCAACUUCCUGGUUUCCAUGAGGUUCGUAUCCCCAGCAAGAUCUAA